CUUCCUUUCAUUAAACAAACAGGAGAUCCUGAAACCUGGACCCUCUGCUAGCGGCAGCGCGAAGAGGAGGCGGAGGAGGAGGCAGAGCGCGGGAUGUGCGCAGAGGAGGAUCUGUGAUCCCGCGCCCCCCCCCCACGCGUGCGCGCACACACUCACACACCCGCACUCACACACACAUACACACACACUCGCACAAACACACACUCGUACACGCCCGCGCCGCGCGCUCUCUCUCCCACGCAGGCGGAAUGCAGCAGAGCCUGGGGAGCGUGUCUCCGGCCGCCGACUGAAUGCACCUCGCCUCCAGCAGCGGGACUGCCCAGUAGGGCGCGCGGGAGGACGCUCCGCCACGAGAGAUAUGCCCAGGAUGCUAUGAAAGCACAAAAGGAGGGCAUCCACCUAAGGAGGCCGAGAAGAUCAAGAAGGUUUCUUUGGGAGGUUGAGCCUGGCCAGUUUUAGACGGUGCAGCCUUGCUACAUGGUGUAAGAAAUGGCUGUAGGAAACAACACUCAACGAAGUUAUUCCAUCAUCCCGUGUUUUAUAUUUGUUGAGCUUGUCAUCAUGGCUGGGACAGUGCUGCUUGCCUACUACUUCGAAUGCACUGACACUUUUCAGGUGCAUAUCCAAGGAUUCUUCUGUCAGGACGGAGACUUAAUGAAGCCUUACCCGGGGACAGAGGAAGAAAGCUUCAUCACCCCUCUGGUGCUCUAUUGUGUGCUGGCUGCCACUCCGACUGCUAUUAUUUUUAUUGGUGAGAUAUCCAUGUAUUUCAUAAAGUCAACUAGAGAAUCUCUAAUUGCCCAGGAGAAAACAAUCCUGACCGGAGAAUGCUGUUACCUGAACCCCUUACUCCGAAGGAUCAUAAGAUUCAUAGGGGUAUUUGCCUUCGGACUUUUUGCUACUGACAUUUUUGUAAACGCCGGACAGGUGGUCACGGGGCACCUAACCCCGUACUUCCUGACAGUGUGCAAGCCGAACUACACCAGUACAGACUGCCGAGCACACCACCAGUUCAUAAACAAUGGCAACAUUUGUACCGGGGACAUGGAAGUGAUAGAAAAGGCUCGGAGGUCCUUUCCCUCCAAACAUGCCGCUCUGAGCAUUUAUUCCGCCUUAUAUGCCACGAUGUACAUCACAAGCACAAUCAAGACAAAGAGCAGUCGGCUGGCUAAACCAGUGCUGUGCCUCGGGACCCUCUGCACAGCCUUCCUGACAGGCCUUAAUCGGGUCUCUGAGUAUCGGAACCACUGCUCCGACGUGAUUGCGGGCUUCAUCCUGGGCACUGCUGUAGCCCUGUUUCUGGGAAUGUGUGUGGUCCAUAACUUUAAAGGAACACAAGGAUCUCCUUCCAAAUCCAAACCCGAGGAUCCCCGUGGAGUGCCCCUAAUGGCUUUCCCAAGGAUAGAAAGCCCUCUGGAAACCUUAAGCGCACAGAAUCACUCUGCCUCCAUGACCGAAGUCACCUGAGACAGCUGAUGUGUCACAAGCCGUUUUUUUUAUCACCCUCCAAUUCGAUACUUCAAGACACACAGUUACUUGAUGUCAAACUGUGAAGACAAGUAUUAUGUUUAUCUAGUUAGAAGCUAAUGUUUUGUACAUUUUUUUGUAUGAGGAAGUGAUGUAGCUUGCCCUGAUUUUUUUUGUCAGCUUUAAUAUAUUUAUGCCAGAAUUUUACACCAACAAAAUUUUCUUCUUGUUCCAGUGCGCAUUGAAGAACCACAUUGAUUCAAUGAUUGAUGUUGUUUUGUGAUAUUUGUACACAGACCUUCUUUUCUCAGUUUUAUAGGCACAGAAAUAAAAUUAAUGUAACAAUUCACCUUA